CUAACCCUUUAAAUAGGAGUGGUUGUGGCGCUUCGUUCAUGUGCCAUUUCUCAUCUCUCUCUCUCUUUCUUCGAAUUCCAAUUCCAGUGUUUCCUGUUAUUAAGAUUCAAGAAUAAAACUAAUCCCAAGAACCAAUAUUUUAUGCAUUAUCUUCGGGUUUCUUUCUUGCUUUAAAGACCAAGAAAAACAAUACCCAGAUUCAGGUUCUACCCAAGGACUGUCUUGAACAACACUCUCUUGGUUUGCGUGGCAGAGGAACUACAAUGGCAACAAGUGUAGCUGCCUUUGGUGGUAACCUGCAAUAUGGACUGCAGAAAUGCAGGGUACAAGGUUGGAUACAAAAUGCUGGAAUUUCCAAUGUAGCUUUCAAUGGAUGCUUGCAGAAAGAGCUUUCAUGGUCAUGUGGAGUCUCCAAGAUCUUUCAGAUCCAGAAUUACAAUAUUCCCCAAUCUACCAUUGGCAAGCAUUGUAAAUCUAUUGGAACAAGGAGAAUCAAUAUAUCAUCUUGCUUGAGAGAUGAGUCCACUAAGUAUUUUGAUUUUGUUGUUAUUGGAAGUGGCGUUGCUGGCCUUCGCUAUGCCCUUGAGGUUGCAGAACAUGGAACUGUUGCUGUGAUCACCAAGGCUGAGCCUCAUGAGAGCAAUACAAACUAUGCCCAAGGUGGUGUUAGUGCUGUGUUGUGCCCUUUGGACUCUGUGGAGAGUCACAUGCAGGACACUAUUGUAGCAGGGGCUUAUCUUUGUGAUGAGGAGACAGUCAGAAUCGUCUGUACAGAAGGACCUGACAGGAUCAGGGAAUUGAUAUCUAUGGGUGUGACUUUCGAUCAUGGUGAGGACGGAAACCUGCACCUUGCAAGGGAAGGAGGUCACUCUCACCAUAGGAUUGUUCAUGCUGCUGAUAUGACUGGAAGGGAGAUUGAGCGAGCUCUGCUGGAGGCAGUUGAUAAUGAUCCUAAUAUUACCAUGUUUGAACAUCAAUUUGCUAUAGAUCUGCUAACUUCUCAGGACGGUCCCGACACAGUUUGCCAUGGUGUUGACACCAUUAAUACUGAAACAGAAGAGGUUGUUCGAUUUAUUUCAAAGGUGACUUUACUUGCUUCAGGUGGGGCUGGGCAUAUCUAUCCAACUACCACAAAUCCUCCGGUGGCUACUGGAGAUGGAAUUGCAAUGGCUCACAGAGCUCAGGCUGUGAUUUCCAACAUGGAAUUUGUGCAGUUCCACCCAACUGCCUUAGCUGAUGAAGGCCUUCCCAUUCAACCAAGCAAAGCUAGAGAGAAUGCUUUUCUCAUUACCGAAGCUGUGAGGGGUGAUGGAGGUGUUCUCUAUAAUUUAGGCAUGGAACGGUUCAUGCCGUUGUAUGAUGAGAGAGCCGAGCUAGCUCCUAGGGAUGUGGUGGCGAGAAGCAUUGAUGACCAGCUUAAAAAGCGUAAUGAGAAGUAUGUGCUGCUUGAUAUAAGUCACAAGCCAAGAGAAAAGAUACUCUCUCACUUCCCCAACAUAGCUGCUGAGUGUCUUAAGUAUGGCCUGGAUAUAACCCUUCAGCCAAUUCCAGUAGUUCCUGCUGCCCAUUAUAUGUGCGGUGGAGUUCGUGCUGGGCUUCAGGGGGAGACAAAUGUGCGAGGUCUGUAUGUAGCAGGUGAGGUUGCAUGCACUGGUUUGCAUGGAGCAAACCGACUUGCUAGCAAUUCAUUGCUUGAGGCACUGGUUUUUGCACGAAGAGCUGUGGAGCCUUCAAUUGAUCACAUGAUGAGCUCUAAGCUUGAUCUCAGUGCUUCAAAUUGGUGGGCCCGACCAGUUAUGCCCAGUUCACUUAGGAGUAGUGUGAUAGAUGACAUAUUGAAGACGACUGCAAAAUUAAGGAAAGAACUGCAAUCAGUCAUGUGGAAAUAUGUGGGAAUUGUUCGCUCAACAACAAGGUUAGAAACUGCUGACCGAAAAAUCAAAGAACUGGAGUCUGAAUGGGAGAAGCACUUAUUUGAACAAGGAUGGGAGCAGACAAUGGUAGGGCUUGAGGCUUGUGAAAUGAGGAACCUAUUUUGUUGCGCUAAGCUGGUGGUGAGCAGUGCCAUGGCGAGGCAAGAGAGCCGUGGGCUUCACUACACUACUGAUUUCCCUGAUGUAGAGGAAAGUAAGAGGUUGCCAACAAUUAUUUUUCCUUCUCCAUUAAACAGUACUUGGAGUUCGCGGCAGCUGCACCUCAAUAAGGCAGAUCAGUUUACCACGGCAACAUAAAUAAGGCUGUCUGUAAGUGCAGGGCUUAUUUCUGAUGUGUUGCAGUCCAGACUUUGUAUUUAUAUGUUAUCAUUUAUCAUUUUAAACGAAGAUUUGUAACAAAGAACUUUGGUAUGAAAUGAAAUGCGUCUUUCUUCGUUUACCUAAAAA